GCCGGGCUGGCUGCGGAAGGGGAGGGGGGGGAGGAGGCGAUUGGAUGCAGCGGCGGCGGCGGAUCCCGGAGAGCAGCGGAGUGAGAGGAGUAGCGAGUCGGGCACCCGGAGGAGCAGCAGUUUCCUAGUCAGGGUGAUGCAGCUGCAAAAUACAUCUAAUAGGGGUAAAAAUAUUUCCAUCAUGGCUCACUCAAAGACAAGAACCAAUGAUGGAAAAAUUACUUAUCCUCCUGGUGUCAAGGAAAUCUCAGACAAAAUAUCUAAAGAGGAGAUGGUGAGACGGUUAAAGAUGGUUGUGAAAACUUUCAUGGAUAUGGACCAGGACUCUGAAGAAGAAAAGGAGCUUUAUUUAAACCUAGCUUUACAUCUUGCUUCAGAUUUUUUCCUCAAGCAUCCUGACAAAGAUGUUCGCUUACUGGUAGCCUGCUGCCUUGCUGAUAUUUUCAGGAUUUAUGCUCCUGAAGCUCCUUACACAUCCCCUGAUAAACUAAAGGAUAUAUUUAUGUUUAUAACAAGGCAGUUGAAGGGACUAGAAGAUACAAAGAGCCCACAAUUCAAUAGGUAUUUUUACUUACUUGAGAACAUUGCUUGGGUCAAAUCAUACAACAUAUGCUUUGAGUUGGAAGAUAGCAAUGAAAUUUUUACCCAAUUAUACAGAACAUUAUUUUCAGUUAUAAACAAUGGUCACAAUCAGAAAGUUCACAUGCACAUGGUAGACCUCAUGAGUUCUAUUAUUUGUGAAGGCGAUACAGUAUCUCAGGAGCUUUUGGAUACAGUUUUGGUAAAUCUGGUACCUGCCCAUAAGAAUUUAAACAAACAAGCAUAUGAUCUGGCAAAGGCUUUACUGAAGAGGACAGCUCAAGCUAUUGAACCAUAUAUUACCAAUUUUUUUAAUCAGGUUCUGAUGCUUGGGAAAACAUCUAUCAGCGAUUUGUCAGAGCAUGUCUUUGACUUAAUUUUGGAGCUCUAUAAUAUUGAUAGUCAUUUGCUGCUCUCAGUUUUACCCCAGCUUGAAUUUAAACUAAAGAGCAAUGAUAAUGAGGAACGCCUACAAGUUGUUAAACUACUGGCAAAAAUGUUUGGUGCGAAGGAUUCAGAAUUAGCGUCUCAAAACAAACCACUUUGGCAGUGUUACCUGGGCAGGUUUAAUGACAUCCAUGUACCAAUCCGCCUGGAAUGUGUGAAGUUUGCUAGUCAUUGUCUCAUGAACCAUCCUGAUUUAGCAAAGGACUUAACAGAGUAUCUUAAAGUGAGGUCACAUGACCCUGAAGAAGCUAUUAGACAUGAUGUUAUUGUGUCUAUAGUUACGGCUGCUAAAAAGGAUAUUCUUCUGGUCAACGAUCACUUACUUAAUUUUGUGAGAGAGAGAACUUUAGACAAACGGUGGAGAGUGCGCAAAGAAGCCAUGAUGGGACUUGCCCAAAUUUAUAAGAAGUAUGCUUUACAAUCAGCAGCUGGAAAAGAUGCUGCAAAACAGAUUUCAUGGAUCAAAGACAAAUUGCUACAUAUAUAUUAUCAAAAUAGUAUUGAUGAUCGAUUGCUUGUUGAACGCAUCUUUGCCCAGUACAUGGUUCCCCACAAUUUGGAAACUACAGAACGGAUGAAGUGCUUAUAUUACUUGUAUGCCACACUGGAUUUAAAUGCUGUGAAAGCACUGAAUGAAAUGUGGAAAUGUCAAAAUCUGCUCCGGCAUCAAGUGAAGGAUUUGCUUGACUUAAUUAAGCAACCCAAAACAGACGCCAGUGUCAAGGCCAUAUUUUCAAAAGUGAUGGUUAUUACAAGAAAUUUGCCAGAUCCUGGUAAGGCUCAGGAUUUCAUGAAGAAGUUCACACAGGUGUUGGAAGAUGAUGAGAAAAUAAGAAAACAGUUAGAAGUACUUGUUAGUCCAACAUGCUCCUGCAAGCAGGCUGAAGGCUGUGUGCGUGAAAUAACUAAGAAGUUGGGCAACCCCAAACAGCCUACAAAUCCUUUCCUGGAGAUGAUCAAGUUUCUCUUGGAGAGGAUAGCACCUGUGCACAUAGAUACUGAAUCUAUCAGUGCUCUUAUUAAGCAAGUGAAUAAAUCAAUAGAUGGAACAGCAGAUGAUGAAGAUGAGGGUGUUCCAACUGAUCAAGCCAUCAGGGCAGGUCUUGAACUGCUUAAGGUACUCUCAUUUACACAUCCCAUCUCGUUUCAUUCUGCUGAAACAUUUGAAUCUCUCCUGGCUUGUCUGAAAAUGGAUGAUGAAAAAGUAGCAGAAGCUGCACUCCAAAUUUUUAAAAACACAGGAAGCAAAAUUGAAGAGGAUUUCCCACAUAUCAGAUCAGCUUUGCUUCCUGUUUUACAUCACAAAUCUAAAAAAGGACCCCCCCGCCAAGCCAAAUAUGCCAUUCAUUGUAUCCAUGCGAUAUUUUCUAGUAAAGAGACCCAGUUUGCACAGAUAUUUGAGCCUCUGCAUAAGAGCCUAGAUCCAAGCAACCUGGAACAUCUCAUAACACCAUUGGUUACUAUUGGGCAUAUUGCUCUCCUUGCACCUGAUCAAUUCGCUGCUCCUUUGAAGUCCUUGGUAGCUACUUUCAUUGUGAAAGAUCUUCUCAUGAAUGAUCGGCUCCCAGGAAAAAAGACAACUAAGCUUUGGGUUCCAGAUGAAGAAGUUUCUCCUGAGACAAUGGUCAAAAUUCAGGCUAUUAAAAUGAUGGUUCGAUGGCUCCUGGGAAUGAAAAAUAAUCACAGUAAAUCAGGAACAUCUACCUUAAGAUUGUUAACUACAAUAUUGCAUAGUGAUGGAGACUUGACAGAACAGGGAAAAAUUAGUAAACCAGAUAUGUCACGUCUGAGACUUGCUGCUGGGAGUGCUAUUGUGAAGCUGGCACAAGAACCUUGUUAUCAUGAAAUCAUCACAUUAGAACAGUAUCAGCUCUGCGCAUUAGCUAUCAAUGAUGAAUGCUAUCAAGUAAGACAAGUGUUUGCUCAGAAACUUCACAAAGGCCUUUCCCGAUUACGGCUUCCACUUGAGUAUAUGGCAAUCUGUGCACUUUGUGCAAAAGAUCCUGUAAAAGAGAGAAGAGCUCAUGCUAGGCAGUGUCUGGUAAAAAAUAUAAAUGUGAGACGCGAGUAUCUGAAGCAGCAUGCAGCUGUUAGUGAAAAAUUAUUGUCUCUUCUACCAGAAUAUGUUGUUCCAUAUACAAUUCACCUUUUGGCACAUGACCCAGAUUAUGUCAAAGUACAGGAUAUUGAACAACUUAAAGAUGUUAAAGAAUGUCUUUGGUUCGUUCUAGAGAUAUUAAUGGCUAAAAAUGAAAAUAACAGUCAUGCAUUUAUCAGAAAGAUGGUAGAAAAUAUUAAACAAACAAAAGAUGCCCAAGGACCAGAUGAUGCAAAAAUGAAUGAAAAACUGUACACUGUGUGUGAUGUUGCCAUGAAUAUCAUCAUGUCAAAGAGCACCACAUACAGUUUGGAAUCUCCUAAAGACCCAGUACUACCAGCUCGUUUUUUCACCCAACCUGACAAGAAUUUCAGUAACACCAAAAAUUAUCUGCCUCCAGAAAUGAAAUCGUUUUUCACUCCUGGAAAACCUAAAACAACCAAUGUUCUAGGAGCUGUUAAUAAGCCACUUUCAUCAGCUGGCAAGCAAUCUCAGACAAAGUCAUCACGAAUGGAAACUGUAAGCAAUGCAAGCAGCAGCUCAAAUCCAAGCUCUCCUGGAAGAAUAAAAGGGAGGCUUGAUAGCUCUGAAAUGGAUCACAGUGAAAAUGAAGAUUACACAAUGUCUUCACCUUUGCCAGGAAAAAAAAGUGACAAGAGAGACGACUCUGAUCUUGUAAGGUCUGAAUUGGACAAACCUAGAAGCCGGAAAAAAACACCUGUUACAGAUUCAGAAGAAAAAUUAGGUAUGGAUGACCUCACCAAGUUGGUACAGGAGCAGAAACCUAAAGGUAGUCAGCGUGGACGGAAGAGAGGCCAUACGGCUUCAGAAUCAGAUGAACAGCAGUGGCCUGAAGAAAAGAGGCUCAAAGAAGAUAUAUUAGAAAAUGAAGAUGAACAGAACAGUCCACCAAAGAAAGGUAAAAGAGGCCGACCGCCGAAACCUCUUGGUGGAGGUACAGCAAAGGAAGAGCCAACAAUGAAAACGUCUAAAAAAGGAACCAAAAAAAAAUCUGGACCUUCAGCACCAGAAGAAGAGGAAGAAGAAGAAAGACAAAGUGGAAAUACAGAACAGAAGUCAAAGAGCAAACAACACCGAACAUCAAGGAGAACACAACAGAGCAGAGCAGAAUCUCCUGAAACUAGUGCAGUUGAAUCCACACAAUCCACACCACAGAAAGGACGAGGAAGACCAUCAAAAACGCCAUCACCAUCACAACCAAAAAAAAAUGUCCGUGUAGGACGCUCCAAACAAGCAGCUACUAAAGAAAAUGAUUCAAGUGAAGAAGUAGAUGUGUUUCAGGGUAGCUCUCCUGUCAAUGAUGAUAUUCCACAGGAAGAAACAGAGGAAGAGGAAGUUUCUACAGUAAAUGUACGGCGGCGAAGUUCUAAAAGAGAAAGGCGAUGAACAAAUGUAAUUAAUAACUUUCUAUGUGAAAGCUUUGAGAAGAAGCAUUUUUUUGUCAAGCUUGAGGCUAAGUAAAGCCUUUGAGAUGCACAAAGCGGGACUGCCAGAGAGUGGACAGUUGGAACUUCCUUUGAUGACCUCAUGUGUUUUGUGGUCACAGCGCUUUAGCCAUACGCGUGGUGAUAACAUUGACUAUGGAGUCUUGUGGAAGUGUGAUGUCCGAUGGCUAUGUAGACAUAAACUAAAGAAGAAACUUGUAAAUAUAUUUUUUCUCUUUUUACUUUCUCUUUCUUUGUUUUUCUUUGUUUUUCUUUGUUUCUUUGUUUCUUUCUCUCUCUCUUUCUUUCUUUUUUCUUUCUUUCUUUCUUUCUUUUUUCUUCUUUCUUUCUUUAAUGUUUCUGACUUCUAAAGUGCUUGUAUAGCUUUUAUCUGCGGCUUUAAACUGACAGUACCCAACUGUUUAUUGGAUCUAUUGAUUUGGAAAGAGUUUGUUAGGAUAGAUCUUAAGCAGUAGUCUGUCAGUGUUAGUAUUUGUAUUCUCUGCAAUUUUACUGUGAAAAAUUUUUUUCAACAAAUGGUGUCAUUUUCUUGAUGUCAUUGUUUGUUGGAGAGUUAAAUCGUCUCUUUCCCUUGUGUAUCUUACCUAGUGUUUACUCCUAGGCACCCUUAAUCUUCAGAGGUGCUAUACUGUCUGCCAUUACACCUGAAUGGUGCCUCCAGUGGGAGGACACCAUGCAAAUUGUGAAAUAAUCCUGAAGUUUGAUUAUUUUACACCUCAGUAUUGGUCUCAGAAUUUUCUGGCCUUUCAUGGCAAUGAAAAUUUUAAGAAAAGAGAGAUUUAAAAUAUUUUAAUUUUAAAGAGUGUGUUAUAAAAUAAUGUACUGAAUUCUUUAUCCCAUUUUAUCAUCAUCCCUUUUCAGUUUUUAUUAAUCUACUGUAUCAAUAAAAUUCUGUAAUUUGAAUUAGUUUUUAAUAGUCUAGAAUGUUAUUGUGUAUAGAUAUUUCCUCUUGAACAUUAUGUUCAGAAGAUGCAAAUUAUUACACUAUAAUAUAAAAUCUGAUAUAUACACAUAGAAGAGUUCCAGUUCUCCAUAACAGUGUAAAGUUAAUCAGAAAGAAAAAAUUUUAUUGAUGCAGUGUGUCUUUAUAAAGCUGUUCUUGAAAGCAAGUGUUUUGUAUUUUAUAGUGAGUUGCAUGUUUAUGAAAAAGUGCUGAAAAUGGGAUGUGCUCUUUUCUGUAAAUUCAUAUUUAGCCAUAGUAUAUGAUAGAUUGCCCCAUAACAUAGUUUUUCAUCAAGAGUUUAUUAUUGUACUUUAUUUUGGAGCCAAAAACUUGUUCUUGGGCAGGGGGGACAGGGUGGGAGUGAUAUAUCCAACUAUCUGAGCUACUUACUGUAGGUAUCACAAUCUUAUAAAUUUUGAAUGAAAUUCCACUUCAUCUAGAUUGGGAGAAGUGGAAGUUUAUUUGGAUUUAGAGCAGUUCUUUUUUUUUUUUAUCAUCGUAAUCUGCAAAAUAUAAAACAAAUUACUUAAGUCAGUAUCCUUUAUACAGUUUUGGAAACUGUAUUUUGAACCAAAACAUAAAAGUUACUUAAUGCUUGCCUAAAUUCAUUGUAGUAUUUCAGGUGCUGUUCUUUUGUUUUUUCCACAGUUAACAUCGGAAAAGAAAAUCAUAUCCUAACUUAUUAAAUUUAUUACAUUGAAUAAUGGAGCAUUUUCAUAUAAUACACCAUUAUGUUUAAGGUAUAUUUCCAAGAUUGGUUAUAAUAGAUGGGGGAUAUAAUAAAGAAACUAUUUUGGAAAAUGACAUUUUACUAUUUUCCAAUGUAUAUCACAAUUGAUGUGAUUAUUUUUCUUUUAAAGAUUUCUUCAUGUUUAUGAAACGGCCUUUUAUUUUUAAAAAAAGUGUUUUGAAUUGUGUCUUAAUCUCUCAAUAUUUAACUAUUGUUCAUUUCCAACAGUACUGACACCAGUGAUUAUGGGAGGCUGCUGUAUACAAGGCAGCUAAUGUUAGACCAAGAUGCAUUGGUUUUUAACUGUUCCAUGAGCUCAGUUCUCCCAAACACGCUAUUUGUAUCUCAGCAGUACAAAGGCAUGUUUUUAAAUCUAUAAAAUAAAGAAUAAGGGAUAGCUUUGUAUUUUUGUCGUUGACUAAAUUGCACCGGAAAUGUUUAUGGAAGUAUAUCUUUAAGACCAUUUUAUAAAACAUAAUGAAAACAUGAUUGUGGAGGAUUUUUAUUUGCAUGAUCAUAGUUAACCAAAUUUCAUUGCACAUUAAUUCUGUACAUCAGUUCACAAAAAAAUGUUCAUUGUAGAUUUUGUUUAAUGCCAAUAAGUCUGUGAUUUAACAACUUGUCUGUUCACUUUUUGGGAGGAUUAUGAUGUAAAUUUUCCAUUUUUCUGUAGAAAAAUAGGUGCAAUAAUGAUCAAAGUUUUGAUGUCCUGAGUCUUCAUCGUAGGGGAUUAUUUUAUUAUGUUUAAACUUAACAUUUCAUAUGCUAACAUUUGGAGAGCCACAUACUAUAUAACUAAAGUAAAAUUAAGUAUGUAUACAACAGUAAUUGCUAACAGUGGUUAGCAAAGUCUUCAGUGAUAAUGUUCGUUUUGAAAAAUAUGUACUGUAUAAAAUUAAGGAAAUAUUUAACUCACUGUAACAAGUUCCAUUAUGAAAAUCUUAUGAGUCUUCAGUGAGGUUAUCUUGCUGCACUCUGUAGCAAGUUCAUUUAAUCUACAUUAUAAUAAGAUUUCUUGCUGCAGUGCAACAGGAAGCUUUUUUUCAGUGAUCUCCACUGUAUAUGUAAAUUACAAAUGUGGCUGUAAAACUUGUUCCAGGUAUUAAAGGUUACAUUACUUUCUGUAUCUUCGUACAACUUGUAAGUUUGAUUUUUCAGAUUUCCUUUUGCCCACUUGAAGAUUGUCAGGAAUUUAAGAAUUUGUUUAACUUAGGUAUAUCUCCCCUACCACAUAGUAUUAUGUCACCAUAAUGAACAAUUGGUAUUUAGAUAGAUAACCAAUUUCAGACACAUUUUUGGAUUUUCUGUGAAGUUGAAUAAACAUGAAAGCUAAUAUGUAAUUGUAUUAUUUUAUUUAUGUGAAUUAAUAUAUAUAUAUUUAAAUAUGUUUACUAAAUGAAGAAAGGCACGUUUUGAUGAUUUUUGAUUUUGGAGCCUUUGUUGCAUGAAAAGGAAAUGUAUUUCCCAGUAACAUUUUUUCAAGCUUUUUGUUUAAACUUAUGUAAAAUUUUGGCUAACAGAGAUUGCUAAGUACUAUUUAAGUUAAAGGAUUGCAUAAACUGAAGAAAAUAAAUGUAUCCUAUAAACUUUAAAAGUAAGCACUGAGAAUAUAAGUUGCUAGUGGCACUUUUAUUCAUUUGUUCAGCAAAUACUUAUUGAGUGCUUACUAUGUGUUAGGCUAGUUACAGAGAAUAAAGUGUGAUCGAGAUAGGUAAGUCCCUGCCCUUGCAGAGCUUACGUUCUCCACAAGGGGGUGGGGGAAUAAGGAAACAAUAAUUAAAUAUAUAAUAUAAAUGUCAGAUUGUGAGAAGUGUGGUGAAAAGAAAAGGAAAAGCAAGAUAGACAGUAGAAAUGAUUGGAGGAGAAACUAUUUUGUAUAUUUUGGAGCUAUGUUACUUAGCACAUAAACUAUCAGGUUAUUAUCCUGUUAUUAUAAAAGUUACACUUUUAUAAUUAUAAAACAUCACUUGAUAUCUGUACAAAUACUUCAUGCCUACUUUGUCUGAUAUUAAUAUAGGCAUACUGGUUUUGUUUUGUUUGCAUGACAAACCUUUUUCUGUCCUUUUA